UUUCUAGGUCUGGCACCUGUUCCUCUACUGGGGGUGUACUGUGCAUCAAAAUCAGCUCUUGUUACUAUGUCUGAAGUAUGGCGCUAUGAACUUAAGAUGUGGGGGAUCAAGGUUGCCACUAUUAUACCCAGUGGCUACAAAACAGGAAUUAUGUCAUAUGACAUGAUAGCUACGGGGGAUAGAUGGUGGAAUCAGGCCACACAGACAGUGAAGGAGGAUUAUGGACAUGAAUGUUUUUAUAUUAAAUUCAAACAGAAAAGUAAGAAUAUUCA